UCACGAUUAGCAGCGCCUCGAUGACGUUUGCCUUCGAUUCUUUGACAUUUAUUUCAAAAACAUUGCUCCAAAAUUUCUACCGAUUGGAGCCAAAUGUCGCGGUGUGUGUCGAGCGUUGAAAGAAAUACAGUUAGUGAAACGAGAAUGGAUGAGGAGCCAGAUGUUCCAGCGAGGGCGAGUCAACCUCAAAAUUCAUAUAAAAUAGCGCCGAUGGAUUUCGACGAAGACCGAGUAAGCCCCAAGAGAUGACUGCCUCCUACUCAGAAAUUUCCUUCGACUCUCAGUCGUCCCCGCCGAUCUCAGAACUCCGGUCCCUCGUUGAAUCCCCGGAUAUCGAUGACGACGAGUUUAUGACAGACGAAAGGAUGAAGAAAAUCGAUGCCCUGGCUGACAGGCCGCACAUGCUGAAUUUAAAGAGCGGCGAGGGUAGCCCUGAGGAGGAGGAAGAGUGCCCGGAUCUCCCCGGGUAUCGAAAAGCCAUGGGCUAUUUACGACUCGAGGGGACUGUCAUGCAGGAGGGGGACAUGGUGCUGUUUGUUGCUGAGGAUUUGGAGAAUAAAAUAAAGCUGUCGAGUCCUGUAACGAAAAAGGGAGACACCCCGUCGUUUCCAGGGUCGAGAAGCUCGACUCCUUGUUUAUACAGGCAGGCAUUAAAUCCACAGUUACCAUUGCCCGAUCACAAUGCACUCAAUGAAUUGGAGAUGGAAGCGAGAAAAAUAGCCACUUCCGUUGACUCUCUGACGGAGAAUUUAGCAGCUAUUCUCCAUAGCGCCUCAGCUGUUACUGUAGAUUGUUUAGAAACAUACAGAGAUGCAGUGUGCAAAACCUGUGAUGCUGUAGAUCAUAAUAUUAAAUCGAUGUAUCAAUUGAUGGCGAAAUGCGAGGAGUUAUCAAAAUCCAUGGGCCCCAUCUACAAAUUAGCUGAGCAAGUCAAGGAGAUGAAGCGAUUAUUAGAUUUAUUUGAGGGGGCAAUGAACCUGUGAAUACAUAUCUGCAGUAUUAAUUCAGAAGAGUAACAUCGAUAUUUCGUUAUGCCACUCAUUCUCACUAUUUUUCAAACAAUAAAUUUCUUUAAUCAUUCCACAUGCAGUGAUUAUUCUCAUCUCCACGAUGUUAAUUAAUUCAAGGGGAUCAGGGGAUAUUGGAGAAAUAAUUAUGACGUUGAUUAAAUUGUCAUAGUGCAUUUCAGAUACUUGCCUU